AUGGCGGACGCGGCGGCCUCCCCGGUGGGCAAGCGGCUGCUGCUUCUGUUCGCGGACACCACGGCCUCGGCUUCGGCCUCGGUGCCGGCGGCGGCGGCGGGCGGAGAUCCCGGGCCUGCGCUGCGCACUCGGGCCUGGCGGGCCGGCACGGUGCGGGCCAUGAGCGGGGCGGUGCCCCAGGACUUGGCGAUCUUUGUAGAAUUUGAUGGCUGUAACUGGAAGCAGCACUCCUGGGUUAAAGUUCAUGCUGAAGAAGUUAUUGUUCUUCUGCUGGAAGGCUCCCUAGUAUGGGUACCCCGGAAGGAUCCUGUCCUUAUCCAGGGCACUCGAGUCUCAAUUACGCACUGGCCAGCCCUGACUUUCACUCCCUUAGUAGAUAAACUCGGUUUGGGUUCUGUGGUUCCAGUUGAAUAUCUUCUGGAUGGAGAGCUUCGUUUCCUGUCAGAUACUAAUGGGUUGCAUCUGUUCCAGAUGGGAACAGAGAGCCAAAACCAGAUUCUUUUGGAACAUGCUGCACUGAGAGAAACAGUUAAUGCUUUGAUCAGUGACCAAAAGCUACAAGAGAUAUUUAGCCGAGGUCUCUACAGUGUUCAAGGUCACAGGGUCAAAGUAUAUCAGCCCGAAAGGGAACAAAGUUGGCUCUAUGGUAUUGUACACCAUCAAGAUUCCAUUACUCGUCUUAUGGAUGUGUCUAUAACUGAGACUGGUGAGAUCAAGUCUGUAGAUCCCAGACUGAUUCAUGUGAUGCUGACAGAUAAUUCAACGUCUCAGAACGAGGGGGGUACGUUAAAAGCAGUAAAGUCUUCCAAAGGCAAGAAGAAGAGAGAGAGCAUAGAGGGGAAAGAUGGCCGGAGGAGAAAAAGUGCUUCGGACUCUGGGUGUGACUCUGCAUCAAAGAAAUUAAAAGGAGACAGGGGAGAAGUAGACAGUAAUGGGAGCGAUGGAGGUGAGGCGAGCCGAGGGUCCUGGAAAGGAGGGAAUGCCAGUGGAGAGCCAGGGCUGGAUCAAAGAACCAAGCCACCACCGACUACAUUUGUCCCCCAGAUUAACCGAAACAUUCGCUUUGCCACUUACACCAAAGAAAACGGCAGGACUCUGGUGGUGCAGGAUGAGCCUGUAGGCGGGGACACGACUGCAUCUUUUACUCCGUAUCCUCCAGCCACAGGGCAGACACCUUUGGCCCCAGAGGCAGGUGGAGCUGAAAGCAAAGAGGCAGGAAAAACACUGGAACAAGCUGGUCAGGGCCUGGUGGCUUCAGCAGCUGUGGUCACUACCGCCAGCUCUACCCCAACCACGGUGAGGAUCUCAGACACUGGCCUUGCAGCAGGGACUGGGCCGGAAAAGCAGAAAGGCAGCUGGUCGCAGGUCCCAGGAGAGAAUUCAAGAAAUUCUGUUCUGGCCUCUUCUGGAUUUGGAGCGUCUCUCCCAAGUUUAUCACAACCUUUGACGUUUGGAAGUGGAAGGAGCCAGUCUAAUGGGGUUCUAGCCACGGAGAACAAACCUUUGGGCUUCUCUUUUGGCAGUAGCUCUGCACCAGAGUCUCAAAAAGACUCUGAUCUCUCCAAAAACUUGUUUUUUCAAUGCAUGCCCCAAACUUUACCAACCAGUAACUACUUCAGUACCGUUUCAGAGAGUUUGGCUGAUGAUUCCUCCAGUCGAGACUCAUUCAAACAAAGCCUUGAGAGCCUGUGUAAAGGCAGAUCCACUCUUGGAGCAGACACUAAAUCAAGCUCUAAGGCUGGCAGCUCUGUGGACCAGAAAGUGCCUACAGAGUCCAUGCCCACCCUCACACCAGCCUUCCCACGGAGCCUCCUCAAUGCCCGCACCCCAGAGAGUCAUGAAAAUCUAUUUUUACAGCCCCCUAAACUGUCCCGGGAAGAGCCCUCGAACCCUUUCUUGGCGUUUGUGGAGAAAGUCGAACAAAGCCCUUUCAGUGGCUUUGCAUCUCAGGCAUCAGGUAGCUCUUCCUCUGCUACCACUGUCACCUCCAAGGCAGCACCCAACUGGCCCGAGUCUCACUCCUCUUCAGAGUCAGCAUCUUUAGCAAAGAAGAAAACCCUCUUCAUCACAACUGACUCCUCCAAACUGGUGUCGGGUGUUCUCGGCUCAGCUCUUACCCCUGGGGGUCCAAGCCUCUCCGCUAUGGGAAAUGGCCGCUCCAGCUCACCCACCAGCAGCCUCACCCAGCCCAUUGAGAUGCCUACUCUCUCCUCCAGCCCCACAGAGGAGAGGCCAACUGUGGGGCCUGGGCAGCAGGACAAUCCCCUCCUCAAAACCUUUAGUAACGUCUUUGGCAGGCACUCAGGCAGCUUUCUGUCCUCCCCAGCAGAUUUUUCACAGGAGAACAAAGCUCCUUUUGAAGCUGUGAAAAGGUUCUCACUGGAUGAGCGAAGCUUGGCUUCCAGACAGGACUCGGACUCCAGCACCAACAGUGACCUGUCAGAUUUGAGCGACUCUGAGGAGCAGCUGCAGGCCAAAACUGGCCUGAAGGGUAUUCCAGAGCACCUGAUGGGGAAGCUGGGCCCCAAUGGGGAACGCAAUGCUGAACUGUUGCUGGGCAAAGGCAAAGGGAAGCAGGCCCCGAAGGGCCGGCCUCGGACUGCACCCCUGAAAGUUGGCCAGUCAGUCCUGAAAGAUGUAAGCAAGGUGAAGAAGCUGAAGCAGUCCGGAGAGCCCUUCCUGCAGGACGGGUCGUGCAUCAAUGUAGCCCCUCACCUGCACAAGUGUCGUGAGUGCCGCCUGGAGCGGUAUCGGAAGUUUAAGGAACAGGAGCAAGAUGAUUCCACUGUGGCUUGCCGCUUUUUUCACUUCCGGAGGCUGAUCUUCACUCGAAAGGGGGUACUCCGUGUGGAGGGGUUUCUGAGUCCCCAGCAAAGUGACCCUGACGCCAUGAACCUGUGGAUUCCCUCUUCCUCCCUAGCAGAAGGGAUAGACCUAGAAACCUCAAAAUACAUCUUGGCCAAUGUUGGGGACCAGUUCUGUCAGCUUGUGAUGUCUGAGAAGGAGGCCAUGAUGAUGGUAGAGCCACACCAGAAAGUGGCAUGGAAGCGUGCAGUGCGUGGUGUACGGGAAAUGUGUGAUGUAUGUGAAACAACUCUCUUCAACAUUCACUGGGUUUGUCGCAAAUGUGGAUUUGGGGUCUGCCUUGACUGUUACAGGCUCAGGAAAAGCCGUCCACGCAGUGAAACAGAAGAGAUGGGUGAUGAAGAGGUUUUCUCCUGGUUGAAAUGUGCAAAGGGGCAGUCCCAUGAGCCAGAGAAUCUAAUGCCCACACAGAUUAUCCCUGGCACAGCUCUUUAUAAUAUUGGAGAUAUGGUACAUGCUGCCCGGGGCAAAUGGGGAAUUAAAGCAAACUGCCCUUGUAUUAGUCGGCAAAACAAAUCUGUGUUGAGACCUGCUGUCACCAAUGGGAUAUCACAGCUUCCUACCAUAAACCCUAGUGCCUCUUCUGGAAGUGAAACCACCUUCUCAGGGGGAGGAGGAACUGCAGCGGUAACAACUCCAGAGACCGAUCCCAAAGCUGACAGCAUUGACAUCAGAGCUGAUGAGCCUCCAAAAGCGGACAGUUUGGCAUCAAACAGCAGUAGUGAGCUAAAAGCCAUCAGGCCCCUUUGUCCUGACACAGCCCCACCCUCCUCUGCCCUGCACUGGUUGGCGGAUUUGGCAACUCAGAAAGCUAAAGAAGAAACAAAAGAAGCAGGGUCCCUGAGGUCGGUGCUCAGUAAAGAGUCUCAUUCACCCUUUGGGCUGGACUCAUUCAACUCCACUGCAAAGACUCCAAAGCUUUUUAACAGUCUGUUACUGGGACCCACUGCCUCCAACAACAAAACCGAAGGCUCUAGCCUUCGAGACCUCCUUCACUCCGGUCCCGGAAAGCUUCCUCAAACCCCCUUGGACACAGGCAUACCCUUCCCCCCGGUCUUCUCUACAUCCUCAGCAGGAGUGAAGAACAAGGCCAGUCUACCCAACUUCCUUGACCACAUUAUUGCCUCAGUGGUAGAAAAUAAGAAAACCUCAGAUGCUGCAAAGCGGGCCUGCAACGUGACUGAUACCCAAAAGGAGGUGAAGGAGAUGGUGAUGGGGUUAAAUGUGCUGGACCCCCACACCUCUCACUCCUGGCUCUGUGAUGGGAGGCUUCUCUGUCUCCAUGACCCCAGCAACAAAAACAAUUGGAAGAUCUUCCGAGAGUGCUGGAAGCAAGGCCAGCCAGUGCUGGUAUCAGGGGUACAUAAAAAGCUCAAGUCUGAACUCUGGAAGCCAGAAGCCUUUAGCCAAGAAUUUGGAGACCAGGAUGUGGACUUGGUGAACUGCAGGAACUGUGCUAUAAUUUCUGAUGUGAAAGUUCGGGAUUUCUGGGAUGGCUUUGAGAUCAUAUGCAAACGAUUAAGGUCAGAAGAUGGACAGCCAAUGGUGCUCAAACUCAAGGACUGGCCUCCAGGGGAAGAUUUUCGGGACAUGAUGCCAACAAGGUUUGAAGAUCUGAUGGAGAACCUUCCUCUACCAGAAUAUACCAAACGAGAUGGCAGACUCAAUCUGGCCUCUAGGCUACCCAGCUACUUCGUAAGGCCUGAUCUCGGCCCCAAGAUGUACAAUGCCUAUGGCUUGAUAACAGCGGAAGAUAGAAGAGUCGGCACAACAAACCUUCACUUGGAUGUGUCUGAUGCAGUUAACGUGAUGGUGUAUGUUGGGAUCCCCAUCGGGGAGGGUGCUCAUGAUGAAGAAGUACUCAAGACAAUAGACGAGGGAGAUGCUGAUGAGGUGACAAAGCAGAGGAUUCACGAUGGAAAGGAGAAGCCCGGUGCUUUGUGGCACAUCUAUGCAGCCAAGGACGCAGAAAAGAUCCGGGAGCUGCUCCGAAAGGUUGGAGAAGAGCAAGGCCAAGAGAAUCCCCCUGAUCAUGACCCAAUUCAUGACCAAAGUUGGUACCUGGACCAGACCCUUCGUAAGCGACUCUACGAAGAAUAUGGUGUGCAAGGCUGGGCCAUCGUUCAGUUUCUGGGAGAUGCCGUCUUCAUACCUGCGGGAGCCCCACACCAGGUGCACAAUCUAUACAGCUGCAUAAAAGUAGCAGAAGAUUUUGUAUCUCCAGAACACGUAAAGCACUGUUUCCGCCUGACACAGGAAUUCAGGCAUCUCUCUAACACUCAUACAAAUCAUGAGGAUAAACUGCAGGUGAAGAACAUCAUCUAUCAUGCAGUGAAAGAUGCUGUUGGCACCCUCAAGGCUCAUGAAUCCAAACUGGCACGGUCGUAG